GCUUUCUCUUCUUUCACUUCGUUUCAGCGCAGUGAGAAGAAGGAAAAAGAGGACGUCGUCAUAUACAGAAGCCUGAGAAGGAAAGAUAAAAUAUGGAAUCAGUGAGCUCGAUGAAAAGUGUAGGAACCAUGAACUUUUAUGAAGACGACUGUGGUGUACCAGCUUAUAUGGCAGUAAGGAAUUCUGUUACUAAGAGUGAAUUAGAUAAAGAACACUUAGAACUCGAAAGCAACCAACUUGAAGAUCAUAUCAACGAUAUACAUGAUUGUCAACAGGAUCCAGACAACUUUGAAGUCAAUGUAGUAUGUAUUGGUAAAGAAGAAGAAGAAGAAGAAGAAGAAGAAGAAGAAGAAGAAGAUGAAGGAAAUGCCUCUAAGGUGGAUGAAGGGGGCACAACUGUUUGUGGGAUUGCAGAUGUACGGAAUGAUGAGAAUGGGGAAAUCACUGCAAAGACAGGAGUUCAUGUACAAACUCAACAAACAUCUGUUGAUGUCAAAUGUGCCAAACAAGAUGGAGGAAACAGCUCCAAAUCCAUGACAAAAAUUUGGGGUGAUAUACCUAGUAAUGGGGAUAGAGAUGGAAUUGCAAAGAUAGAGGGAGUCCCAGAACAGGUUCAAGGAACAACUGGACCAGGUGUUCCAGGUGGAGUCAUAAGGAUAUCAAAUUUGAAAAAAGGAAAAGGGAUUGCAGAUGUACCGAAUGAUGAGGAUGGGGAAAUCACUGCAAAGACAGGAGUCCAUGUACAAACUCAACAAACAUCUGAUGAUGUCAGACCUGCUAAAAUAGAUAGAGGAAACAGCUCCAAAAUAAAUGAGGAGUCCAUGACAAAAACGUGGAGUGAUAUACCUAGUAAUGAGGAUAGAAAUGGAAUUGCAAAGAUAGAGGGAGUCCCAGAACAGGCUCAAGGAACAACUGGACCAGGGAUUGCAGAUGUACGGAAUGAUGAGGAUGGGGAAACUGCUGCAAAGACAGAAGUCCAUGAACAAACUCAAGCAACAUCUGAUGAUGUCAGACUUGCUAAAAUAGAUAGAGGAAACAGCUCCAAAAUAAAUGAGGAGUCCAUGACAAAAACGUGGAGUGAUAUACCUAGUAAUGAGGAUAGAGAUGGAAUUGCAAAGAUAGAGGGAGUCCCAGAACAGACUCAAGGAACAACUGGAUCAGGGAUUGCAGAUAUACAGAUUGAUGAGGAUGAGAAAACUGCUGCAAAGACAGAAGUCAAUGAACAAACUCAACCAACAUCUGAUGAUGUCAGACUUGCUCAAAUAGAUAGAGGAAACAGCUCCAAAAUAAAUGAGGAGUCCAUGACAAAAACAUGGAGUGAUAUACCUAGUAAUGUGGAUAGAGAUGGAAUUGCAAAGAUAGAGGGAGUCCCAGAACAUGCUCAAGGAACAACUGGACCAGUUUGUAAUGAUAUACCUCAGAAGCAACAGGAUGCACAUAUCAAUGGCUUGACUUCAAGCAACAACACUAGGAACAGAAAAGAAUCUGUAGUGAAUGCUAAACAAGCUGGUGAAGAGGUAGAGAAGGGAGGAGGAAACACCCCAAAGAUGGAGGAAGACCUCAAUGCAAGCACUGAGUGUGAAGACAGUGAUGAUGUAAAUAUACAAAAGAUAGAUGGUGCCACAGAAAACAGUAAAGAAAGACAAGAUGGAGUGAACACCUCAGAUGUGAAUGCUAAACAAGCUGGUGAAGAGGUAGAGAAGGGAGGAGGAAUCACCCUGAAGAUGGAGGAAGACCUCAAAACAAGGACUGAUGCAGUUAACACUCCCGAGAUGGUUAUUACCACAGAAGACAGCAAAGAGGAAGGACAGAAUGGAGGAAACAUCCCAACUGUGAAUGCUAAACAAGCUGGUGAAGAGGUAGAGAAGGGAGGAGGAAACACCCCAAAGAUGGAGGAAGACCUCAAAACAAGGACUGAGUGUGAAGACAGUGAUGAUGUAAAUACACCAAAGGUGAAUGGUGCCACAGAAAACAGUAAAGAAGAAAGACAAGAUGAAAUGAACUCUUCAGAUGUGAAUGCUAAACAAGCUGGUGAAGAGGUAGAGAAGGGAGGAGGAAUCACCCUGAAGAUGGAGGAAGACCUCAAAACAAGCACUGUAGUGAAUGCUAAACAAACUGGUGAAGAGGUAGAGAGGAGAGGAGGAGACACCCAAAAGAUGGAGGAAGACCUCAAAACAAGCACUGAAUUUGAUAAUAAGGAAGCAGUCAACACUCCCGAGAUGGAAAGUACCACAGAAGACAGCAAAGAGGAAGGACAGAAUGGAGGAAACAUCCCAACUGACUAUAACGGUGAAUGUGAUAGCGAACAGGAUGCAGACAACUCGCCUUCUUGGUUGAAAGGAACAAAAAUUUGGCAGUUCUUGUUUUUUGGAUUUUUCCUGAUACUGCUUUAUAUUAGCACUCAGAUUACUUGUAUCCCAAGUGCAUGUGGAACUCCUGCUUCUAAUCCUCAUAAAUACAUGUAUGCAGCUGACCCUCAAAGCACCCAGAAAUAUUUCAAUUGUGACCACUUCAGCACUCUUUUCAUCAAUGCAUCAAGAAUAUUUGAUAGUAAAAGUAGCUGCUACUGUGAGUCUAUGAAAAAGAAGUGCUUAUCUGGGUUUGAACGAUUUUGUCUGCCAUUGGUAACAGAAAAACAUUUCAUAGCUGGCUGCAUCAACAUUACAGGCCUCCAUUUGCUUGGGGAAAAAUGUCUUCUAGUUACAAUUGUUGACGAGCACAAGAAGUAUCAUGCUGAGUGCCAUGAUAAAAAGUGCCCCAUUUGCACCAAUGCAAAUUCUUUGGAAGAGAGGUUGAAAAUGUGCCUUUUCCAGAAGGAGACCUCUGGAGACAGCCAUAGUAAUGAGUGCACCCCUAAAAAAGGCAGCGCAACAAGUGGACGUGUACAGCCAACUUAUUGGAUCCUCUGUCUUUGCAUUGCUUUUGUACUGUUAAUAGUACUUACCAGUGAUUAAAGGAAUGAUGGGAACAGUGAUUUUUUGAGCAUCUAGAGCAAAAGACAAUCCAUCUAGUGCAAUGUUGUGAAAAAGCAUAAUUGUAAAGCGCUUUAAACAAAGAUAUUCUAUUUUAAUUUGUUGAAUUGUGGGGAAAAAAGCAAUUAAGGACACUGGGUGGUCAACAAAUUAUCUAUCUGAUCUUCCUUAAAUUUUAAGAUAUGAUAUCUUUUAUAGCUAUCAACAACUAUUUAGUAAAAAAAGUAUAUAUUAAACCUUUUAAAUUAGGGCAUUUAUUUAAUAUUCUUAUAGGGCUCUCCUUUUUAAAGGAGAUCAAUACAGUCUAAAAAUGGCCAGGACCAUGGAGCCCUCUUAAGGUAGUAUGGGACAUCUGUCAAUAUAAAUGUGGAAUGAAUUACUGUAACGUCGAAAUU